CUGUUUAUAGAGCGCAGAUAGAGAGGUAGACAGAACAUGAGAGCAAGAGGGAGUGUUAUACACACUCAGUCUGUGAGCGAGAGAGAGAGAGAGAGAGAGAGAGAGAGAGAGAGAGAGAGACACACACACAUGAACAUAGAAGGGAGACCUGUAAAACAGAAAGAAAAUUGGUGGAAGGAUAAGAAAGAAGAAUAGAGAAACAAAACGGACGCUUAAGAAGAAAAAAUGAUGAGCAAGCUGGAUCUGUGAGAAAUUCCAAACGCAGAGAGAAGAUACUUAUCUUUGUUUGUGCUUUCAUCUUUUGGCUAGUUUAUCCAGAUGCCACGUGGAGACUGAAAGCUUAAGAGGCACCUGGAUGAGAGAAGUUAGUAGCCCUAACCCAGGAAGCUUGGUUUUGCAACCUGUGGUACAAGCUUAAAAUUUAAGGACUACUUCCUCCUGUUUCUGAAGCAACAGUGAUAUACACCUGCUCUGUAUUCUUAUCUUCUGGUUAAAACAAACCACUUUGCGACAGAUACUGUGGUCCAGUGCUAGUGUGACACGUUGUACGCCUGCUGUUCUCAAAUGAGGGCAAGAUUAUACUAACUGAAGUGGACAGGAUGCUGACUUUCUCAAAAAGCAGCAAGCUAAUUCAUGAUCUAAAAACCUUUUCAGCCCGGUCUCAAAUGUCACGCCCGCAAGACAACUUGGACUGCUAAAAGGAUGGUUCACAGAAGGUUGGGAUCAGCUUUGGGGAUGGGGCAUAAAAAAACUUAUCUUCCUUGACUGACUCAUGAUACCAUCCCUCUCUUCCAGAGAAUGGAAUAAAAUCUGGGGCAACAUUCUGAAUCAAUGAGCCAAAGGUUGAGAGCGGCAGCAACCCAAACAAGAGUUAUGAGGCGAGACAUUUGGGGAAGUUUGGAGUAACUGUUGUAAAGAUUUUAAAGACAGGAAUACCUAAUCGAGGCACCAGCUUCGAAAAACGGUCUAUUCCUCUAUUCCUGUGAAACUCUGACGACACAAUGCUGUGUGCUCAGGGUGUGGCUGCACCCCUAAUGCUGAGCUCUUUCCUCCUUCAGCUGGCCAGGGCUAAUCUCCCUUCUGGCUGCCUGAUUGCAUCCGAUAUACUGAGUUGCACCAAUCUCUGCCUCGACCACGUUCCACUGGAGUUGCCUGUAAUGGUGGCAACCUUAGACUUCAACCAUAACCAUCUUGAACAUCUGGAGGAGGGCAGCUUUGCUGGCCUUCCCAAUCUUGAGACCCUAAGGCUGGCCCACAAUCUGCUGAGCAGAAUUAUUGCAGGAACCUUCCAGAAUACAAGUACUAUUCGCCAUCUGGACCUUUCCUCUAAUCAGUUAAACAUUAUAGAGCAGCACUACUUUCAAGAGUUAGUAGAAGUCAAAGAGUUGCUCCUUUACAACAACCAUAUAGUAAGGGUAGAAAGCAAAGCCCUGAGUGGGAUGAGUAACCUACGGAAGGCCUACCUGAGCCAUAACAGGCUGACUGACUUCCCUUUUUUUUCCAUUCAGGAACAUUCCAGUCUCAUUACCCUGGACCUAAGCUCGAACCGUAUGCCCAACCUUCCGGUUGAGGACAUUGGAGCUUUGCAGGAAUCAGUACAGCAAGGGUUGUUCCUGCACAACAAUACCCUAAUUUGUGAGUGCUCCAUGUAUAGCAUGUUUAAAGAAUGGGAGUACAGAGGCUUUGCCUCAGUGAGAGACUUCCAAGAGGAGCAUACCUGCUUGCUUUAUGGUGAAAGGCGUGCUUCAGUUCGGUUUCUCCAGCAUGUGCGAUUUUUUGAGAACUGCACCAUAAAACCACAACUAGAGACAGAAAGCCUGAAAGCAGACUCUGGGGAUUCAGUGCUGCUGGAUUGUAAAACAUCAUUGAAGGGAAAGCAUCUCACCUACCUGUGGGUGUCCCCACGUAAGGAAUAUAUUGCCCCUCCUGGUAAUAACAACACACUGCGACUGUAUGCCAAUGGCACUUUAGAAAUCCUGGUAGCACAAGUGGGGGACUCUGGGGUAUACUUGUGCAUGGCUCUAAACCAUCAAGAGUCCCGAAAUGAGACCCGGGAAGUGAAUGUAACCGUAGUGAUCCACCAUCAGGCAGAGGAGCCUUUUAACACUGGCUUUACAACCCUGCUGGGCUGCAUUGUCAGCCUGGUUCUGGUCCUAAUGUACCUCUACUUGACACCUUGUCGCUGCUGGUGCCGCAAGCAGCCCCUACCAGCAACACCAAGCCCUGGAAAUGAAUGCAGCGCCCAGUCUUCAAUCCUGACGCCCACGCCACCUGCCACCACGGAGGGUCCCGGCCGCAAGGUCAGUAGCAACAAGCAUGUGGUCUUUCUGGAACCCAUCAAGGAGACACAAAAUGGGAGGCCGCGGGCAGCACUGGCCCACGAGCACCCCAAGCUGUCAGUAACACGGAGCGAUGCCGACUCAGUCACCUCCGUCUUCUCAGACACAACUAUUGUGCCAUAGCGCCAACUUAUAUUCCAAUGACCUACUUGAAUAUGAGUGUGGGUCCUUCAACGAGGCAGUCGGCAACUGCACAGCUACUCAGGACAAAUCAGGGAGAGGGUGUUGAAAGCCCAAGGCAGGGAACAGAACAGAGCAGGAAAGAAAAGCACACACAAUCAGAGAGAAGAUAUAAAAAUCACAAAAGGCAAAAAGAUGAAGCAAAGCACUCCCAAGAUUCAGCUUUAAGGCUUGACUGAGCCAUGGUAGAGGAAGGAAUUGGCUUGAAAUAACAAGGGUAAAAUGCUUUCCCUUUACCACUGCUUGAUCCUUGAUAGAUUCAUAGCUAUGAAUGCCUUGUCUUGAGCAUAUAACCCAAUGAAUACUGCAUAAACUCUUGUUAUUACUUAAGAAAUAGCAUGAUUGAUAAGAAGGAGAAUGACAAGUGCAUACUAAAUUUCUAGUUUUAUACAGACAAUACCUCUAGAAUGUAGUUUUUUUUUUUUUUUAGACUUAACUGUAUGUCCUAUGUACCACUGUGUUUCUCAUUAGCAUUUUGGUUAGUAGUUAGAAGUAAUACUUCAUUUGAAGGGGCCAUGCUCAUUUGGCAAAUGCAACUGUUUUGGUCAGAACAAAUGGAUCCAGAAAACAUUGGAUAAUUGUUCAGAUGGUGGAAGUUGUUUUACAAAAAUUACAUGGUGGUGCUCAGAACUUAUUCGAACUGAUGUGGAUCCUGCAGAGAGGUUAUGUCUUAUCCUUAAUAAGAUUAAACAUUGAAUGAAAUGGAAUCUGUGAAAAUUUUGUUUACAUUCUGGUGUACUUUCCCCCUCCCAAAGCAUUCCAUGUUUCCUCUUCACACACCCCUCCCCUUUCACGAAUCCCUUCUUUAUCAACUUUUUAAUAAAUCCUUCUGC